AUGUCAACAUUAGAGAACACAACAACUGCUAUCGUUCAUGAAGCCAUAAAUGAAGAAUACGAAUACAUACAAUAUAACAAACAAUUGAGACUCAUUCGUUCAGUCAAAGAUGAUAUGUAUCAAAUGCAAAGUAUAAUGAACGCUCUUCGUUCUACAAAGCAAGCAUAUCAUUGGUUUGAAAACCAACAGGCAAAAGAACUUUUAGAAGAAUUUCCUCAUAUGAUUGCUUCCCUCGGAAAACCGAGGGAAGAGAUUCCGUACGAAAAUCGCAAGAAUUUGGCACCUGGUUUGAAAGGUUAUUAUGUUCAUAGACUUUUAGUAAAUGCUGUAGCAAUGUGGGCUUCACCUCGUUAUGCUU